GCUUCAAUGCGGCUCUACCAACGACCAUCUCACGGCUAUCACCGAUUCACCGCAGCUGUAGGAGGAAAGAGAAAGACCGAGAUCGAAGGAGCGCACGAUUUCAAUAACCAGAAAAAUAUAAAGGAAGAAGAGAACAAAAAGGAAAUCACAAAAUUAAAGUACCACACACUCACAACAACAACAACAACAAAAGACGGUUGUUUAUUGCAUCUCUACAUUUUUCUCCCAUCUUUCUCUCUUUCCAUUUUUCACUAAGCUACGCCAUUUUUUUUUGUUCUCGUUCUGCAAAUGUAAUUUCUUAGGGUUUACCUGUAAAUUCUUCUCUCAUUGGUGUAGCGUUUCCAGAAUAUUCGAUUUUGCGGCUGAAAUUUGAUGACAUGUUCAUAGUUUGAUCGCUGAUUUCGUCGUCGAUUGGUCAGGAGUCACCAUGUUUGAAGCGCAUGUACUGCAGUUGCUUAAAAGAUAUUUAGGCGAAUAUGUCCAUGGACUUUCCUUAGAGGCUUUAAGAGUCAGCGUUUGGAAAGGUGAUGUUGUUCUUAAAGAUUUAAAGUUGAAGGCAGAAGCGUUGAACUCGCUUAAGCUUCCUGUUACGGUAAAAGCUGGUUUCAUUGGCACCAUUACACUAAAGGUUCCUUGGAAAAGCCUUGGCAAAGAACCUGUGAUUGUUCUUAUCGAUCGUGUAUUUGUUCUUGCUUAUCCAGCACCUGAUGGACGGACACUCAAGGAAGAGGACAGAGAUAGACUCUUUCAAGAUAAACUUCAUCAGAUUGAGGAAACUGAGGCAGCAACUCUUGAAGCAAUGUCUAGGUCAAAGCUUGGAAGUCAAGCUUCAGGAAAUUCUUGGCUUGGCUCUCUUAUAGCCACCAUCAUUGGAAAUCUUAAAAUCACAAUUAGCAAUGUUCAUAUCAGAUAUGAGGAUACUGUAAGUAAUUGUGGACAUCCUUUUGCUUGCGGUGUUACCUUGGCAAAACUUGCUGCUGUUACAAUGGAUGCCCAAGGGAAUGAGACCUUUGAUACAAGUGGUGCUCUGGAUAAAUUGCGCAAGUCUUUGCAGCUUGAAAGAUUUGCUAUAUAUCAUGAUUCUGACAAACCUCCUUGGAAGAUUGAUGAAAAUUGGCAAGAUAUUAGUCCAAGCAAGUGGAUCGAGAUAUUUGAAGAGGGUGUCAAUGAACCAGCAUCAAAACCUGAUUUUGGCUCGUCAUGGGCAUCAAACCGCACAUAUUUAGUUGCGCCUAUCAAUGGCGUGCUUAGAUACCACCGGCUUGGGAGUCAGGAAAGAAACAAUCCAGAGGUUCCUUUUGAGAAAGCUUCACUUUUCUUGAAUGAUGUUUCCUUAGCUGUCACAGAGGCGCAAUAUUAUGAUUGGAUAAAACUUUUGGAGGUCAUUUCCAGGUAUAGAAUUAAUGUAGAAGUUUUACAUUUGAGGCCUGGCGUACCAGUUUCAGAUGGACCUCAUUUGUGGUGGCAAUAUGCCGCCCAAGCAGCUUUGCAGCAAAGAAGAAUGUGCUGUUCCUUUUCAUGGGAACGUAUCCAGCAUCUUUGCCAGCUGCGUCGACGUUACAUUCUGGUAUAUGCUAAUUUUUUGCAACAAUUACCCGAUGCGGAUAACGAAGAGUUGCGGAAGAUUGAAAAGGACCUUGACUCAAAAGUGAUUCUUUUAUGGAGGUUACUUGCUCAUGCCAAAGUUGAAUCUGCAAAGUCGAAAGAAGCCGCUGUGCAGAAGAAGCUUGGGAAAAAAAGCUGGUUUUCUCUUAACUGGCGUUCUUCACCUGAAGAUGUUGCUAUUUCAGAUGAUUCAGAUGUGUCAGAGUUGACACAGGAAAAGUUGACAAAAGAAGAGUGGCAGGCAAUAAAUAAUCUUUUAAGUUAUCAGCCUGAUGGAGAACUUUCUUUGUAUUCGGGAAAGGAUGGACAGAAUAUGGUACAGUUCCUUGUAGAUGUAUCCAUAGGUCAGGCUGCUGCAAAAAUUAUCGAUAUACAUGGCACAGAGGUUCUCUGUGGUAGAUUCGAGCUACUUAAUGUGUCAACCAAACUCAAACCUAGGAGCACCUGUUGUGAUUUGUCGUUGAGAUUCUAUGGUUUGUAUGCUCCAGAAGGCUCCCUUGCCCAGAGUGUUUGCAGUGAAGAAAAGGAGAAUGCAUUGGUUGCUAGUUUUGUGCGAUCACCAGUUGGGGAGAAUGUAGACUGGAAGCUUUCUGCCACCAUGUGUCCUUGCCAUGUCACGAUUUUGAUGGAAAGUUAUGAACGUUUGAUGGAGUUUCUUAAGAGGAGUAACGCAGUUAGUCCUACUGUCGCUAUGGAGACUGCCACAGCAUUACAGAUGAAGUUUGAGAAGGUUACACGUAAAGCUCAGGAGCAAUUUCAAAUGGUUUUGGAGGAACAGAGCAGGUUUGCUCUUGAUGUUGAUUUUGAUGCUCCAAAAGUUAGAGUGCCCAUCCGUACGCGGGGUUCAUCUAAAAUCGAUAGUCAUUUUCUUCUUGAUUUUGGUCAUUUCACCCUAAGAACGAAGGAAGGUCAACAUGAUGAUGAUCAGUCAUUAUACUCCCGCUUCUACAUCUCAGGGAGAGAUAUUGCUGCUUUCUUUACAGACUGCGGAUCUGAUAGCAAUGAUUGUUCAUUGUUUGCUCGCCCAGGAGAUUGUCAUCCCUCUGGAACUCCAUUGGAAGGCGCUGACAAUAACUCUUCUUUGGUUGAUAGGUGUGGAAUGGCAGUGAUCGUUGACCAGAUAAAGGUACCUCAUCCAAAAUUUCCAUCUACACGCAUUUCGGUCCAAGUGCCAAAUUUGGGGAUUCAUAUCUCACCAGCCAGGUACUGCAGACUUAUGGAAUUGUUAAACAUAUUCUAUAGUACAUUGCAAAGCAGUGCGCAUCCUGUGGAUGAGGUCUUCGAACCUGAACUUUCCCCUUGGAAGCAGGCAGAUAUGGCAAUGGAAGUGAGAAUUCUGGUUUGGAAGGGAAUUGGAAAUUCUGUUGCAGCAUGGCAACCUUCUUAUGUUGCUUUAUCAGGGUUUCAUCUUUAUGUUCUUGAGUCUGAAUGGGCACCCUGCUACCAACGCUGCACUAGUAUGGCUGGGAAACAAGUGUUUGAGGUUCCUCCUGCUAGUGUUGGUGGAUCACUUUUUUCUAUUGCUAUCUGUUUGAGAGGCAUGGAUAUCCAAAAGGCUCUCGAAUCCUCUGCUACAUUGAUUAUAGAGUUUCAGAAUGAGGAUGACAAAUAUAUUUGGCUGAAAGGGCUUGUAAAGGCUACAUACCAAGCAUCUGCUCCAUUAUCCGAUCGUCUCCUUGGAGAUUCCAGUUACAGUGGAGAUGGUACGGUUGAUGAUCAGAUUGCUAAUUCUAAGGCUGUUGAUCUUGUUAUUAAUGGAACCGUGGUGGAGACCAAAUUAUUUAUAUAUGGAAAGUGUGGAGAAGAGGAAAGCGAGAGGCAUGAGGAGACCCUUAUUGUUGAUCUUAUUGCUGGUGGAGGAAAGGUGCAUGUUAUCCUGUCUGAAGGGAACUUAACGGUCAAGAUGAAGCUUAAUUCUUUAAAAAUUAAGGAUGAGUUGCGAAGUCGUUUGGCAACAAAUCCGCAGUAUCUGGCUUAUUCAGUUGUGAUAAAUGAUCAAAUACUUUCUUCACCUUCUUCAGUCAAUCUUCAAGCUAGUCAGUCUCUUCCAUAUCUAGGGGAGGAAGAAGAUAUAUUCAGAGAUGCUUUGCCAGAGUUUACUCCUGCACCAGAUAUUGCACAAAACUUAGAAAAUUUUGAAGCCAAUCCUGAGGCUUUUCUCUCUAAACAGGAGUUUGGGAAAGGAAGAGGAUCCUCAUCAGAAAUAUUCUAUGAGGCACUUGGAAGUGAUAACUCAGAUUUUGUCUCGGUUGUAUUUAUGACCAAGGAUCCUAGCUCUCCUGAAUACGAUGGUAUAGACACACAGAUGAAUAUAUGUAUGUCCAAGCUGGAAUUCUUUUGUAACAGGCCUACACUAGUUGCUUUGAUUCAAUUUGGUUUGGAUACGAGUUCCUUAAGUUUUGAAGAAAGUAGUAAAGGUGCAGCAAUGGCUUCUGAGGACAUAGAAGUUACAAAAAGACCCAAAAAGCCUGAUGAUGGUGAUGUUUUUGUCAAGGGUUUGCUGGGAUAUGGUAAAGGACGAGUUGUGUUUAAGUUGAACAUGGACGUGGAUAACGUUACUGUGUUUCUGAACCAGGAGGAUGGUACUCAAUUUGCUAUGUUUAUUCAAGAAAGUUUUAUUUUGGAUCUCAAGGUCCAUCCAUGUUCUCUCUCCAUUGAGGGCACACUGGGUAACUUGAGGCUUCGUGAUAUGUCUCUUGGUGACGAACACUGUUGGAAUUGGCUUUGUGACAUUCGCAAUCCAGGUGCUGAAUCACUUAUUAAGUUCGCAUUUAAAUCUUACAGUGCUGAAGAUGAUGACUAUGAAGGAUAUGAUUAUAGCCUUACUGGUCAUCUAUCUGCUGUUCGAAUAGUUUUUCUGUACAGAUUUAUCCGAGAGAUAACAGUGUAUUUCAUGGAACUUGCAACACCCCAUAAAGAGGAAGUUAUUAAGUUGGCUGAUAAAGUUGGUGGUUUUGAGUGGAUGAUUCAAAAGUAUGAGAUUGAUGGAGCCACCGCUGUGAAGCUGGAUCUUUCACUGGAUACUCCAAUUAUAAUAAUCCCAAAGCAUUCUAUGAGCAAAGAUUUUAUGCAACUGGACUUAGGUCAGCUACAAAUAAGAAAUGAAUUUAGCUGGCACGGAUGCCCUGAGAAUGAUCCUGCUGCUGUCCACCUUGAUGUUCUUCGUGCUGAGGUCCUAGGGAUCAACCUAGCUGUGGGAAUUGAUGGUUCUGUUGGAAGACCAAUGAUGCGUGAAGGUCGUGGACUUGUUAUCUGUGUCCGUCGUAGUUUGAGGGAUGUUUUCCGAAAGGUUCCCACUCACACUAUAGAAGUUCAGGUUGAUUCAUUGCAUGGUGUCAUGUCAGACAAAGAGUAUAAUGUCAUAUUGAACUGUGCUUAUACAAAUAUGUCCGAGGAACCAAGACUUCCUCCGAGUUUUCGUCUGAGCAAGUCUGAUUCACAAGAUACAAUGAAAAUGCUGGUUGAUAGGGUCAAUACGAAUAGUCAAAACUUUCUAUCCCGUACGGUAUCCAUUGUGGCUGUUGAGAUCAACUAUGCUUUGCUAGAAUUGUGCAGUGGAAUCCAUGAAGAAUCAACCUUGGCUCAUAUCAGUUUAGAAGGUCUUUGGGUGUCGUACAGAAUGACUUCUUUGUCUGAAGCGGAUCUUUAUGUCACUAUCCCCAAAUUCUCUAUUGUGGAUGUUCGUCCUGAUGCAAAACCUGAAAUGCGGCUGAUGCUAGGGUCGUCGUCAGAUGUCUGUAAACAGGCUUCUGCUUCUGGAAAUGUUCCAUCGAGUCUCUCUUCUGCCACUGAUAUGCCAACAUCAACAAUGUUUCUAUUGGACUAUAGAUGGAGAGCAACAUCUCAAUCAUCAGUAUUGCGGGUACAGCAACCAAGAGUUUUGGUUGUACCGGAUUUCCUUAUUGCUGUGGCCGAAUUUUUUGUUCCAUCUUUAGGAAGUAUAACGGGAAGGGAGGAAUCGAUGGAUCCAAAUAAUGAUCCGAUCCGUAAAAGCCACAGCAUUGUACUUCAAUCUGCUGUUUAUAAGCAGCAAGAAGAGUUCGUUCAACUGUCCCCAAGUCGACAAUUGAUUGCAGAUGCUCCAGGGAUUGAUGAAUAUUUAUAUGAUGGCUCUGGUAGGACAUUGUGUUUGAUAGAGGAUACUGAUUUGAAGGAAAGUCAUACGUCAAGAUUCCAGCCUAUUAUUAUUAUUGGUUGCGGAAAGAGGUUGCGGUUUGUGAAUGUUAAAAUUGAGAAUGGAUCCCUCUUGAGGAAAUAUACAUAUUUGAGUAAUGACAGCAGCUAUUCAGCAUCUCCAGAGGACGGUGUUGAGAUUAAGUUUCUUGACAAUAAUUUGUCUGAUGAGAUCAAUGAUCUUCAUUAUGCUGAUGAAUCAGCUAAUCUAUUAGACUCUUCUACUUGUCGAGAUGGUGGAUCUAAGUCUGUCCAAAACUUUACCUUUGAGGCUCAGGUUGUCUCUCCUGAACUGACUUUCUAUGAUGGCACUAAGUCCUCUCUGGAUGAUUCCCCGUAUAGCGAGAAGCUAGUCCGAGCAAAAUUUGAUCUAAGCUUCAUGUAUGCAUCACAGGAAGAUGGUACAUGGAUUCGUGCACUUUUGAAAGACUUAACGAUCGAGGCUGGAUCAGGACUCGUCGUUCUUAGUCCUGUGGAUAUUUUAGGAGGUUAUACGUCUGUGAAGGAAAAAACCAAUAUGUCUCUGUCAUCCACGGAUAUACACUUACAUCUUUCUCUUAGUGUCAUAUCCCUCUUACUUAACCUCCAAAAUCAGGUGGCUGAUGCACUGCAGUUUGGAGAUGCUAAUCCUCUGACAUCCUGCACUAAUUUUGAACGUAUAUGGGUUUCACCAAAAGAGAAUGGAUCUCAGUGCAACAUCACAUUUUGGAGGCCUCGUGCUCCUUCUAAUUAUGUCAUUCUAGGAGACUGUGUGACAUCAAGGUCCAUUCCUCCUUCACAGGCAAUGAUGGCAGUGUGUAAUGCUUAUGGACGUGUAAGGAAACCGUUGGGUUUCAAAUUGAUUGGAUUGCUUUCUGAAAUUUUAGAAAUCGAUAGAACUGAAGAUACUGCUGGUGCAAAAAGUGAAUGUUCUCUAUGGUUUCCAAUUGCACCACCAGGAUACAUAGCAGUAGGUUGUGCAGUUAAUAUAGGAGACCAGCCCCCUCCAAAUCAUGUUGUUUACUGCGUACGAGCUGAUCUUGUAACAUCUACUGCAUAUUCAGAAUGUUUGUUUUAUUUGUCAUCCAAUUCUUGUUUCCCAGCUGGUUUUAGCAUCUGGCGUCUAGAUAACAUUCUUGGCUCUUUCUAUUCCCAUACUUCUGCUGGCUGUCCUUCCAAAGAAACCUGCUAUGACCUGAUUCCUUGUCUUAAAUGGAGGGCAUACCGGCAUCAUCCUUCGUUUUCAAAGCCUGCCUCAAAGCUCUGCCAUGAAGAUGAACCUGCAGUUUCUCAGGGAAUUAGGCAAAGUUCAAGCUCCAGUGGGUGGGACAUCCUGAGAUCUCGUGUAUCACACAAAUGUUUCAUGUCUGUUCCAAACUUCGAAAGGAUCUGGUGGGACAAGGGUGGAGAAUUUCGUCGGACAGUGUCCAUAUGGAGGCCUAUUCCUCGGCCUGGUUAUGCCGUUUUGGGUGAUUGUAUAACAGACGGGUUGGAGCCACCUACACUUGGCAUUAUCUUCUUAGCUGAUAAUCCAGAAAUCUCCGCAAAGCCUGUGAAAUUCACUAAAGUUUCUCAGAUAUUUGGAAAAGGUGUGGAUGAAGCCUUUUUCUGGUAUCCAGUUGCUCCCCCAGGUUAUGCUGCAAUGGGAUGCGUUGUCACUAGAACAGAUGAGCCACCAAGAAUUGGAUCAUUUUGCUGUCCCAGAAUAGAUCUUGUUGGUGCAGCCAGUAUUAUUGAGGUGCCUGUGGCCAGAUCUUCAAGCUUAAAGGCAUCUCAGUGCUGGAGUAUAUGGAAAGUUGAUAAUCAGGCUUCCACAUUCCUGGCCCGCUCCGACCUGAAAAAGCCAUCAAGUCGCUUGGCGCUCUCUAUUGGAGAUUCUGUGAAGCCAAAGGCACGAGAAAAUGUGACAUCUGAGAUGAAGCUAGGGUGUUUUUCCCUAACCAUUCUUGAUAGCUUGGGAGGAAUGAUGACACCUUUUUUUGACAUGACAUUCAACAAUAUUAAGCUUGUAGCCCAUGGCCGGUUCGAAGUAAUGAGUUCAGUUCUUAUUUGUUCAAUGGCUGCAUCAACUUUUAAUACACAGUUGGAGGCUUGGGAACCACUUGUGGAGCCAUUUGAUGGAAUCUUCAAGUUUGACACUUAUGAUACCAGUACUCAUCAAACUCCUGGACUUGGAAAGACACUGCGCAUUGCUGCAACUACUAUCCUAAAUCUUAAUGUCAGUGCUGCCAACCUUGAUACUUUUGCAGAGGCUGUUGUUUCUUGGAAAAGGCAGAGAGAACUCGAGCAGAAAGUAUCUAAGUUAAAUGAGGAAUCUGUUCUUCAUCGGAGUCGCGAAGAUGAUUCAACUCUUUCUGCAUUAGAUGAAGAUGAUAUCCAGACUAUAGUCGUUGAAAAUAAGCUUGGAUGUGAUGUUUAUGUCAAGAAGGUUGAGCAAAACUCCAAUACAGUUGAAGUUUUACAUGAUGAUGGAUCCACUACUGUCUGGCUUCCACCUCCUAGGCUUUCAGAUAGUUUGAAUGUCACUGUCAAAAAUGGGGAAGCGCGUUAUUACGUCGCUGUCAGAGUUUUAGAGGCAAAGGACAUACCCAUUGUUGAUGAUGGCAAUAGCCAUAACUUUUUCUGUGCUCUGCGUCUUGUGGUGGACAACCCACCAACUGAUCAACAGAAGUUCUUCCCUCAAAGCGCGCGAACUAAAUGUGUUAGGCCGUUGAUAACAAAAACUCUGGAUGCUGAUCUGGGCGCUGCCAAGUGGGAUGAGCUUUUCAUUUUUGAAGUUCCUCAAAAGGGUACUGCUACACUGGAAGCAGAAGUUACCAACCUUGCUGCGAAAGCCGGAAAAGGUGAAGUUGUUGGAGCAUCAUCCUUUCCUGCCGGACAUGGCAUUAGUACUCUUACAAAGAUAGCUUCGUCAAGGAUGUUGCAUCAGCAACAUGCUUCUAAAAAUAUAGCGUCAUAUCCACUGAGGAGAAGGGAUCAAGAAGAAAACGAGCAAGACUUGAUGAAUAUUGGGUCCCUGCUGGUUUCUACGUCUUAUUUUGAGCGAAGGCUGGCUGUAGAUUUGCAGAAGGAUAAACACAACAACAAUGAAGUUGACUCUGAUGUGGGUUUCUGGAUUGGACUUCACCCUGGUGGUCCUUGGGAGAGCUUUCGGUCCUUUCUUCCACUAUCUGUUUUUCCAAAAAGUUUGGAGGACAAUCUUCUUGCAAUGGAAGUCAUCACAAGAAACGGGAAAAAGCAUGCUAUUUUUAGAGGUCUUGCAACUGUUGUAAAUGAGACCAAUGUUAAAUUAGAGUUGUCUCUGUGUCCUUUAUCUAUGAUUGAUUCAAGGACGGGAGAUUCUCGUCAAGGAAUGGGGAAUAAUGUGGCAUUAGAUCCUGGAUCAAACUAUAUUCUACCUUGGAGAUGCAUAUCCAAGGGUUCUGAGGAAUGUCUUCGUGUUCGUCCUUACUUUGAUUUAUCUGGCUCAUCUUACUCUUGGGGUCUUACCGCUAGUCUAGGUUUUCCCUUUACUGGUGGAAAGGAGCAACGCACUGCAGACCAGGGUUUGCUCUCUAGACAGAGUGCAAUGAAGCUAGAUGAACUUGAGAAAAAAGAUGUCCUGUUAUGUUGCAUACCGAGCGCGCAAAAUCAACAGUUCUGGCUUAGUGUUGGUACAGAUGCAUCAGUUCAUCAUACAGACCUGAAUGCACCUGUUUAUGAUUGGAAAAUUUCCAUAAAUUCCCCACUUAAGUUGGAGAAUCGACUUCCUUGUCCAGCUGAAUUCUCAAUCUGGCAGAGGACAAAAGAUGACAAGAUUAUUGAGCUGCAGCAGGGUAAAAUUUUGUCCAGGAAAAGUGCUGAUAUAUAUGCUGCGGAUCUUAGGAAACCCGUAUAUCUUUCCUUGUUUGUUCAGGGUGGGUGGACUAUGGAGAAGGAAUCUGUUCUCAUUUUCGAUCUCUCCUCUAAUGAUCUUGUUUCUUCAUUUUGGAUGGUUCACCAGCACUCCAGAAGGAGGCUGCGAGUGAGCAUUGAGCGCGACUUGGGAGGCACCAUUGCAGCGCCCAAAUUCAUCAGAUUGUUUGUGCCUUACUGGAUUGUUAAUGAUUCUUCUCUGCCUCUGGCAUAUCGGAUAGUGGAGAUCGAGCCUAUUGAUAAUGGAGACAGUAGCAUUUUUAAAUCUACGAAACAUUCUGCCCCCAGGAAGAAUGUGCAGGUCUUGGAUGUGAUUGCGGAUACUAGCCCCUUACCUAGCAUGCUGUCCCCCCAAGAUUACGUUGGACGUGGCAAUGUUCAUCUCUUCACAUCUCGUAACGAUACAUACCUGUCCCCUAAAGUCGGGAUUGCUCUAGCUAUGUAUGAUUCUGAAAAUUACAGUCCUGGUAUUUCACUUGUUGAGCUUGAGAAAAAGGGGAGAGUUGAUGUUACAGCCUUUUGCUCAGAGGGAUCUUACUAUAAGUUUUCAGCACAGCUCAACAUGACUUCAGAUAGAACAAAGGUUAUUCGUUUUCAGCCACACACCUUGUGUAUAAAUAGAUUAGGUUUUAGUGUGUAUGUUCAGCAGCAUCAUGCUACAUCUAUGGACCACAUUCGCCCCACAGAUCCUCCAAAAGUCAUCCGAUGGCACUCUUCUUCUAAAAUUGAAAUGUUAAAGCUGCGGGUGGAUGGCUAUAAGUGGAGCAGACCAUUCAGUGUUGGGUCGGAAGGAAUGAUGUCCAUUGUUCUGGAAAGUGAUUCAGGCAGCAGGGAGCUGAUUAUAAGGGUAGCAGUGAGAAGUGGUACUGGAAAUUCACGUUAUGAAGUUAUUUUCCGUCCAAAUUCACUGUCGAGUCCAUACAGGAUUGAGAACCGCUCUAUGUUUUUUCCCAUUCACUUUCGCCAAGUUGAUGGAGCGAGUGAUUCAUGGAGGUGUCUUUCUGCAAAUGCAGCCGCCUCAUAUUUAUGGGAAGAUGUUGGAAGGCGGCAAUUGUUAGAGAUAUUUGUAGAUGGAUCUGAUCCACAGAGAGCAGUUAAAUACAACAUUGAUGAGGUAUUUGAUCACCAGCCCAUGAAUGUUGGAGGUGGACCUACCAGAGCUAUAUGUGUGGCCAUUGUUAGAGAAGAGAAGAUGAAUGUGGUUAAAAUUAGUGAUUGGAUGCCUCAAGAUGACCCUGUACCAGGUGUGCAGAAAAGAAUUCCAUCAUCUGUAUCACCCCUUCCUAGUGCAGAACCAGAGAAUGAGUAUCCUUCAUCUACCUCGAGUGCCGAAUUCCAUGUAGUUGUUGAGCUUUCAGAGCUUGGUUUGUCCGUUAUUGACCACACACCAGAAGAGAUACUUUAUUUGUCUGUGCAAAAUCUUCUUCUGUCACAUUCUACAGGCUUGGGCUCUGGGACUAGUAGAUUCAAAUUGAAAAUGCGUGGACUUCAAGUGGAUAAUCAGCUUCCAUUGACUCCCAUGCCAGUGCUUUUUAGACCACAGAAAGUCAGAGAGGAGAUUGACUAUAUCUUGAAAUUCUCUGUGACGUCACAAUCAAAUGGGUCACUGGAUUUGUGUGUCUAUCCUUAUAUAGGGUUCCAUGGACCUGACAACUCUACCUUUUUAAUAAAUGUUCACGAGCCAAUCAUAUGGCGCCUCCAUGAGAUGAUUCAACAGAUUAACCUGAAUAGGUUAAAUGCUGCAGAGACAAAUGCUGUUUCUAUUGAUCGGAUUAUGCAAAUUGGAGUUCUUGACAUCUCAGAAGUACGACUGAAGGUAUCAAUGGUUAUGUCACCAACUCAGCGACCAAAGGGUGUGCUUGGUUUCUGGGCAUCCUUGAUGACGGCAUUGGGGAAUAUGGAAAAUAUGCCAGUGAGGAUACACCAGAGGUUUGUGGAAAAUGUUUCUAUGCGACAAAGUGCUAUUAUCAGUAAUGCUACCUCAAAUGUACAAAAGGAUCUUCUUAGCCAACCUCUACAGCUGCUUUCUGGCGUGGAUAUUCUUGGGAAUGCAAGCAGUGCACUUGAACACAUGAGUAAAGGUGCUGCAGCUAUAUCAAUGGAUAAGAAAUUUAUCCAGAGCCGACAAAGACAGGAGAAAGUGGGUGACUUUGGUGAUGUUGUCCGAGAAGGAGGUGGAGCACUUGCAAAAAGCCUAUUCAGAGGAGUAACAGGAAUGUUCACAAAGCCUCUUGAGGGUGCAAAAUCAUCUGGUGUUGAGGGUUUUGUUCAGGGUGUUGGAAAAGGAUUAAUAGGUGUUGCUGCUCAACCAGUAAGUGGAGUGCUGGAUCUUUUGUCAAAAACUACUGAGGGUGCCAAUGCAAUGAGAAUGAAGAUACAGGCUGCUCUAACUUCUGAAGAACAACUCCUACGGAGGAGAAUGCCGCGUGUAGUUAGUGGUGAUAACCUGCUUCGACCUUAUGAUGAGUAUAAAGCACAAGGACAGGUCAUUCUACAACUGGCAGAAUCAGGAUCUUUUCUUCGCCAGGUAGAUUUGUUCAAAGUGCGUGGAAAAUUCGCUUUAUCAGAUGCCUAUGAAGAUCAUUUUAUGCUGCCUAAAGGAAAAAUCUUUAUAGUCACCCAUCGUAGAGCUGUACUUCUGGAACAACCGUCGAACAUUAUUUCACAUCAAAGAAAAUUCAGCGCAGCCAAAGAUCCAUGUUCAAUUUUGUGGGAUGUUCUAUGGGAUGACCUGGUAACUAUGGAAUUGACCCAUGGAAAGAAAGACCAACCCAAUGCUCCACCUUCACGUGUCAUUCUAUACCUACAAAGCAAGUCAUUAGAGACCAAGGAUCAAGUUCGUAUUGUUAAGUGCAACCGCGAUUCUAAUCAAUCUUUUAAGGUUUAUGCUGCAAUUGAGCAAGCCAUGAGCACCUACGGACCUAACCAGUCAAAGGGACCCCUAAAAAGGGUUACAAGACCUUAUUCCCCAAUGGCUGAUAAUGCAAAUGGAGAUCCAGUGCCCAAGGAAGGGAUUAGUGUGUGGUCUCCGGGACAAUUUCCAGCCUCAGUUCCUACAAGGUCAUUAUUUGGCCGCAGCCCUAGCUAAGAACAAGCUGCCAUGGAGCCUGAUUUUUCCUACCUGACAAUCAUGCACCAUCUGUAUGUAAAAUCAUCUGGGGCAAUGCUAUGAUGCUUUGUACAUUCACUUCCGUUCCAGAAAGAUUUAAAGGUAUAUAGGAGAUUCUGCUACGAAGAGUCUCCAAUGUGAGGUUAAGUUGCCUGAUGUCUAAGAAGGGUGCUUUAUUGAUCCCUUCCUGAAAACAUCAAGCCAUCUGUACAUAAUACGAUGAGGAGUCUCGUGUACAUGAACUGCAUAUGCUUCUGCUAUAAGUUAUUUUGAGCUCCAUAGCUUUUUUAUCUAUACAUCCAUAGUACACCUCAAAUGUAAAUUCACCUGUAGAAUCAAUGUUAUUCUUCACACUGGCUUGUUCACUUUGUAAUGAGCUAACGAGCCCAUUUUCACUUGCCUAAUUGGAAAGGAAAUGAAUUUUGUUCUGAUCUA